ACGGGGGGGAGAGGGCCGUGGUUCCGGGGCGGGGCGCGGCCGCCGGAAGUGCGUGGCCGCCCGGGGCCAUGGAGGCGUUCAGCUUCGUCUUCCUGCUGCUGGGGGCAGCGUUCUGGCCUCCGGCUUCUGCCUCCGGCCAGGAGUUCUGGCCCGGACAGUCGGCGGCCGACAUUCUGUUGGGGGCGGCUUCCCGCAGACGGUAUCUUCUGUAUGACGUCAACCCCCCGGAAGGCUUCAACCUGCGCAGGGAUGUCUAUAUCCGAAUCGCCUCUCUCCUGAAGACUCUGCUGAAGACGGAGGAGUGGGUGCUUGUCCUGCCUCCUUGGGGCCGCCUCUAUCACUGGCAGAGUCCUGACAUCCACCAGGUCCGGAUUCCCUGGUCUGAGUUUUUUGAUCUUCCAAGUCUCAAUAAAAACAUCCCUGUCAUCGAAUAUGAGCAGUUCAUCGCAGAGUCUGGUGGGCCCUUUAUUGACCAGGUUUACGUCCUACAAAGUUACGCAGAGGGAUGGAAAGAAGGGACCUGGGAAGAGAAAGUGGACGAGCGGCCGUGUAUCGAUCAGCUCCUGUACUCCCAGGACAAGCACGAGUACUACAGAGGAUGGUUUUGGGGUUAUGAGGAGACCAGGGGUCUAAACGUCUCCUGUCUGUCCGUCCAGGGCUCAGCCUCCAUCGUGGCCCCCCUGCUUCUGAGAAACACAUCAGCCCGGUCCGUGAUGUUAGACAGAGCGGAGAACCUACUUCACGACCACUAUGGAGGGAAAGAAUACUGGGACGUGAGUGUUUCCUCGGGAGCGUCUUUCUCAGUUAGUACCCGUCGCAGCAUGGUGUUUGCCAGGCACCUGCGGGAGGUGGGAGACGAGUUCAGGAGCAGACACCUCAACUCCACGGACGACACAGACAGGAUCCCCUUCCAGGAGGACUGGACGAAGAUGAAGGUAAAGCUGGGCUCAGCGCUAGGGGGCCCCUACCUGGGAGUCCACCUGAGAAGAAAAGAUUUUAUCUGGGGUCAUAGAGAGGAUGUGCCCAGUCUGGAAGGGGCCGUGAGGAAGAUCCGCAGCCUCAUGAAGACCCACCGGCUGGACAAGGUGUUUGUGGCCACAGAUGCCGUCAGAAAGGAAUAUGAAGAGCUAAAAAAGCUGUUACCCGAGAUGGUGAGGUUUGAGCCCACGUGGGAGGAGCUGGAGCUCUACAAGGACGGAGGCGUUGCGAUUAUUGACCAGUGGAUCUGCUCACAUGCCAGGUUUUUUAUCGGCACCUCAGUCUCAACAUUUUCUUUUCGGAUUCAUGAGGAAAGAGAAAUCCUGGGGUUGGACCCCAAGACGACGUACAACAGGUUCUGCGGAGACCAAGAGAAGGCGUGUGAGCAGCCCACCCACUGGAAGAUCACCUACUGAGGAGGCUUCUCCGGGGCCGCUCCCCAGACCCGACUGGAGCAGGUGGAUACAGGUUCUGUCACCAUGGAGUCACCGUCUACUGCCAGCCAGGAGCUGGGCGGACAGGACCGUCCCUCGCAGGGUCCCAGGCCCAGAAGAGGCCCCACCACGCCUCUAGAGGUGCCACGCGUCUAGAGUUGUGCUCCGUCCUCGGCGUUUCCAGCCGCCAUGGCUGAUGAAGAGGCUCCGCUGCCCUUGGGGGCAGUUGUGUUUUCAGGCAGCGUCUGUGAACCCACAGCUCAGUUGCCAGCAGGGCCCGCGUGGUGACCCAGAAGCAGGAGUGUUUGUCAGGCUCCGGCUCCGGCCUUUCCAGCCACCUUUCAUGUCUUCAUAUUUUAAGCGCAUUGAGGAUAGAUGCAGGUGGGUGAGCUGCCCUCCAUCAGGUGGACACGGGCUGACAUUUCCCUGGGAGCUGGUGCAAGGAGAAGCGUCAUUUUAAAUGUCUGCAGAGUGACCAGGGGCCUCAUGAAUCCCUCCAUUGCCCUCCAUGCAGCAGGAGGCUGCCUGUGUGUUUCCUCCUGGGAUGCACGCAAGGCAGACCUGGUGCUGCAAAGGGAAGGGCCUGAGGCCUCAGGGAGCCCGGUGGAGGGAUGACAGUUCAGGCCCUACUGUCGGCACAUCAGAGUGCUGGGAAGUUUUUCAGUGACGUCUCUGGGGCACUCAGUGGAUUGUCUGUAGGAAACUUGCAGCUCUGCUCCUCACAGCAGGCCCAGCUGGCUGCCCCACCCCGCCCCACCCUUGCCUCGACUGCCCCGCCCUCGUCCCAGCUGCCCCGCCCUCACCCUGGCUGGCAGGUGCAUGUGGGGCUUCCGGGUCUACCAUUCGCUAUUGAGAACUAGAAAUGAGGAAGGACAGUCACACCAACUCCAAAAGGCUGUCUAGGAUGAGCUGCUUUAUCAGGGAGCUCCUUGUACCCAUUUUACAGAAAUCACUUUUAGGUCUUUGUGCCACCACCACGAGGGCCAUCUGCAAAGAGGGCAAUGCCGGACACAGAAUCCGUGGAAGAUGCAGCAGUGCCUCAGGGGUCCUCAGGGUCAGGGAGCCCCCCCUCGCCCUCUUGGCCCAUUACCCUUUGUGACUUCCCACCAUGGUGUCGUGUGACCCUCAGUCAGGCUGGUGGGGGCUGAGUCCUCACUGAGCAGCCACUUUCCACAUCUGCUAGAGGAACAGCGACAUGGACAUUUGUGUGACAGAGAGAGGACGGUUAGUGAGGAGGGACAGACAGCUCUUCCCUUCGGAGCCUGGCUAGUCUAGGACAUCACCUUGCUGUGUCUUCUCCUUCUCAAGCUUUUAGAAUUGACCCUGAACAUGUGACAGGGUCUUAUGGUGUUACUCAAAGCUGUGCAGGGUAAAUGAUGACAUAUUUAUUCUUUCUCCAUUUGUUCUAGAAACAGUGCCUUUUUCAUCAGUUGCAUUUUCCAGGCUGAGAGCUGUAUAAAACAUUUUGGACUGUGACCAUGUACCUUCCUUUUUAAGAAAAAUAAACUGCUUUAUGGUA